AUGUUGCCAAAUUUCGUAAUAAUCGCUGUUUCGGUUAUUCUAUUUGCACCGUACACAAGUACUUCGAGUGAACAUUAUGAAGUCACCUGGUGGGCCAAACAUGUCGUUCCAGAUUAUUACACCGCUGGGAGAUUGUCGGGAAGGCAGAUGAUGCACGCCGCCGAUGCCGGUUUUAACUCCAUCUUCGGCAACUAUAACCAUACAGAGGAAGAGAAAUUUGGCGACGAAGAACUACCAACUACGUAUGUGUGCAAGCAAAUUGCAGAUCGCUUAGGGAUGGAAUUUGAUAUCUUUCCGCCUGAAAUUUGGUGGAGCACCAGAGAGGGAGUGGAGUAUUUCGUUCAGAAGAUGGAUGCUAUGAAACAACCAACUUUAGUUUACUGUGACACCGCAUAUAGUGCAACUGCUAUCGUCUUACUCGGCUUGAUGUAUAAAACACAAAAAGACCCGUCUUUCAAACCAAAAAUCUAUUCGGAUGAAUUCUAUCGCAUUGGGCAAGCGCAUGGAUUUGAUUUCGAUGCAGACGAAUGUCUUAAUGAGUUAGUAUCCUCUAUAACCGGAGAACCCGAGGUGAAACUUCGCACGGAUCCGUCAAAUAAGUUAAUAUUCUGGAGAGACUAUUGGUACGCCAAGUAUAUUUCCUCAGAUUGGUUUUCAGCUGGUAAAAUUCGAGAUAAGCACGUUUCGGCAAUCGUGAGUGGCGGAUACAAAGCCAUCGUUAAUGUCAGAAAUAAAAGAGCAAAUUUAUUAAACGCUGCUGAUAUGUACAGAGAAUCGCAUAACAAAGAUUCUGACGGGAGAAUGUCAGAAAUCCAUAUGGACCCAAGUCAACCAGAUGAAUAUACUUGUAUUUCACUCACAUCUGAAAAUCAGCAACAGUGUGACAAUCCUGACGGCUGUACAGCCAAUCUCGACCACAGUGGACAGAUUGAAAUGGGGGUAUACAAUGGAGGUCGUGGAAAGGUCAUACCUUAUUACCAUAUACAAACAGAUGAUGUAACUGGUGAAUUAUUCUACCAAUAUGUUGAUAAGUUGGAGGAAGCAUCAUCGCAUGGAUCUGUUAUUGUACAUUGUGAUAGUGGUCGCAGAGGAACUGCAUGGGCCUUGCUUGCUGAAGGUUAUUUCAACUGUAAAAAUUCUACCUGGGCCCUGCAACAAGCAUCAUACAUGGGAUAUCGCUUUACAGAAGAUGAUGAUGAAUACAGAGCUUUCAUUGGUGUACUGGAUUCUGCAAAUCCUAACUGCGGACAUCAGUGUUCAUUGCCAUAAAAUGCACAGUCGUACAACUAUUUCUUACUGAAUACCUGCAAGAAUAAGGCAGUCUUCCAAAAAUUUCUGAUCAGAAUCAAGCACAAAUCUUGCAAGAAUUUUGAUGAUGAGAGACAGAAAUACAACUGUAUUCUGAUCAGAUUCCAACAGAUUUUUUUUUUAAAUUAUCAU